CCAAAUCAAUGUACGCAACCACCAUCUCCAGCCCACGGAAACAGAUUCCGUUCCACUCCCUGUGCAGAAUGCAGUGAAUGGCGGCCUAUGACGAAGUGAAAUCAAAGGAACGAAGGCAAGUGAGUGAAAAAGAGAGGAGAGAAUAACAGAGGCUAGGUUUGCCUGCAAGAGGAUCUCGCUUUUCGCCGAGGGAGAGGGGCCAGUGAUUUCGACGACAUCGCCAGCGCGAAUGGAAAAUUGAGGGGAGGGAAGACAAGGGAAGGGCGUUCUUUUUCCAUUCUACCGAACAUCGCCUUCGCAGUCUCAUUGACAAGGAGCCAUGCCCUAAAUCCCGUUUUGAUCGGAAGCAAGAACGGGAGCUCGCUGGCUGUGAAGCUAGAGGAGGAAAACUCAUGUUAUUGGACCUAGGAACAUUAUAACCUGUUGCUGCUUGUGGAACAUAAGUGGAACCAUUUGUGUGCUUUGGUGAUGCAACUUCAUGGAUGGUCUGGGAUGGGGAUAUCUUGCAUUUUUGCUCUACUGGGAGCUUUUGCUGAAGACUCUGUAUGGAUGGAUGCUUGAGAAAAGGUUUGGCUUUUGAGAUAUGGGAUGAUUAGAACUUUCACAUGCUCCUUUGGUUGCUUGUGACUGGCUUGCCCGACAAACUGGGACAAAUGUAAAUGGGCAUUAUCGACAAUUGUCAAUCUCUCUCUCAUCAUUUUUCAUUGGGUUGAAGAGAAUGGGUACCCUUUUUGUUGGAAGAAGCGACGCUGCAUUUGUUCAAAGUGUUUGUGCUGUUGUUUUGAAGGGGAGUUGGCAUAAGUUGUCAAAUGUUGCAAUUGGUUUCUGCCUUUCUUCUGCGAAUGUAAACCAAAUUCUUCUUCUAUUAUCAAAAGAUGCCUCCUUAUCAUGGACUUUCUUCAGAUGGGCACAAUCUCUGCCACACUACCAGCAUUCUCUCCAGUCCUUCUGGACCAUGGUCCACCUCCUCACUAAGAAAAGGCAGUUCAAAACUGCUAGGGAGCUACUUGAGAAGUUUGCUUUCAAGGAAUUUCUAUCGUCACCUGCAGUGCUCAGUUCAUUGCUGAGUGCUUAUGAUGACCUUAAGACAAAUACACAAAUUUUAAACUGGCUUAUGAUUAUAUAUUCACAAUCAAAGCUAGCAGUGGAUGCAUUCCAAAUAUUUGAUCAGAUGAAGAAUGAAGGCCUCAAACCAGAUCAACAUGCUUGCAAUGCUUUAUUGAGCAUGCUGGCAAAGUCUAGACAAACGGCUACUGCAUGGAAGGUUUACCAUGAAAUGCUUUUGGUUGGAGUUGUGCCAAAUAUCUACAUCUAUAAUGUCAUGCUUCAUGUUUGUUUUAAAUCUGCCGAUGUUGAGAAGGCAGAGAACUUGGUCAGGGAGAUGGAUCAGAAGGGUGUCUUUCCGGACUUAUUCACAUAUAAUACUCUUAUUUCACUUUUCUGUAGGAGGGGUAUGCAUUACGAGGCUUUGGCAAUUCAGGAUAGAAUGAGAAAGGAAAGGGUUAAUCCAGAUAUCAUGACUUAUAAUACUCUCAUCCAUGGAUUUUGCAGAGAAGGUAGAAUGAGAGAGGCAGUCAGGCUUUUCAGAGAAAUUAACGGUGCUGUUCCUAACCAGGUAACUUAUACAACUCUCAUCGAUGGGUAUUGUAGAGUUAAUGAACUUGAUGAGGCACUGAAAUUACGUGAAGAAAUGGAGGCAAGAGGUUUACGAUCAGGUGUUGCCACUUACAAUUCAAUAAUUCGAAAACUCUGUGAGGAAGGGAAAAUGAAGGCUGCUAAUAAACUAUUGAAUGAGAUGGAUGAGAGGAAUAUUGAACCUGACAAUAUCACAUGCAACACAUUAAUCAAUGCAUAUUGUAAGAGAGGAAACAUGGAUUUAGCAUGGAAACUUAGGAAUAAGAUGCUGGAAAAAGGUUUGCUUCUUGAUCAUUUUACUUUCAAGGCUCUCAUUCAUGGAUUCUGCAAAGUUCAGGAAUUAGAUAAUGCCAAGGAAGUCCUUUUUGAAAUGCUAAAUGCAGGAAUCUCACCUAAUUAUAGUACAUUGUCAUGGCUUGUGGAUGGUUACUGCAAUCAGAAUAAUGAAGAGGAAGUGCUCAGAAUACCUGAUGAUAUCAUGAACAGAGGGUUUUGUGCGGAUAAGUCUAUAUACAGGUCAUUAAUUCGAAGGUUUUGUAAACGAGGUUUGGUAGAUUAUGCCCAAAAGAUAUAUGUCAAAAUGCAAGCAAAGGGCAUUGCCGGAGAUGGUCUUGUAUGUACAAUUCUGUCUUAUGCAUACUUAAAUGCUGGAAAGCCAAUAGCAUCAUCUGAGAUUUUGAAUAAUAUGCUUAAGAACAGGAUCAUAAUAACAUCGAAGAUUUAUAAAUGUCUUUGUGCUUCUUAUGCUGAUAGAAGUGACAUGCUAGAACUGUUCUGGCAUCAGGCCAUUGAGAAAGGCUUACUUGCAAAUAAUGUUUACAAGUUGAUGCAAGAAGCCAGGCCAAACUCAAGGAGUAAUCAUUGAGAUGUGUUUAUAGCCUUGUGCAAGUCGUGUUUUGUUCUACUUUUAUAAUUAACAGGAAUGAUCCGACGUUGGCAAGCAUACCGUUGGAAAAGCGCACCAGUUUUUAUUUUAAAUUGCUGAGCAGUUGCAAAUGGCAUUUUUAACUAGGUUGGAAAGAACGCUUCUCUUGAGGCUGUUCUGGACACCCAAAAAAUUGUGGAAAUGUCUUUAUUUAGGAAUCUAGGCAUUCCCUAAUGGAUUCUGUUAGUGCGUUCAAAAGUGUAGUGAGGAAUAGCUGCACCCAUAGUUCUUUUCAAUCUACCUGACAUCUGGCGAAGCAAAUUGCAGUUGUUUUGCUCUUUUGUUUAUAAUAAGAAAUGACCAGACAUUGGCAAGCGUGCUGUUAGAAAAGGGCGUCUGUUUUUCAAAAUUGCUGAGAGGUUGUUAAGUGGUGUUUCCUUAACUUGAUAAAUCUGGAAAAUGAGCUUUUCUACUUUCUCACGAAGGCAUUUCUGUAAGAAAAGAAAGUGGAAAAUUCUUCAUUCAGGUGCUUUCUGUUUGUAGUAUUCUUCAUUCUAAGAGGGUCAGUUGAAGUUUCAAUAUCUGCAGGAGCAAUGCUUGAGCCACUCUCAGCAUCCGAGCUUGUUGGAUUAAUCCUUUCAGCAGUUACUCUUACAUAUUUAUGGCACCCAUAAGCAGACAGCAACAACCCAAGCUAAAAUAUACAGAUCAAAGUAAACAAGAUUUCAAUUAAAUUGAUUUAUGAUGUGGGGUCGUCAACGAUGGCAACGACGGUCGGCGCGGUGAUGAUAGAGGCAACAUCUAAGAUUAGAAGCUCCAUCCACAACUAAGUCUGCAACUAUCAGAGAUACAAAUAUAAUAAAAGCUACAAUCCUGAAAACCAGUAGCCAUGCUGGGUGUACUGUUCUAAGACAUGGCCUCCAAGCUGCAUCUUCUUCUUCUUCUUCCUCUUCACCAUCUUGUUCAGAACCUUCAUAUUUCCAGAUCAUAAUAGAAGCUACAGCCAUUGUAAACAUAACCAGUACAGCACAGAAGAAGAAUCUCCAUUUGAGCCAGUAGGAAAGCUCUGUAGUAACAGAACUCAUUACAGGGCGCCAUGAAUUUCUAGAAGGUGCAGCUAGAAAAUGCAUUAGUACUGUAUUUCUCUUUUGCAGUUUGCUUUUCAACUCUUCUAAUCAAUGUAUUAGAACUUUAUUGCUUGUAUAUAAAUGUGAAAUAUUGCACAGAAAGCAGAAUAAAAUGUCUGGGAUUUUAAGCCAAUUGGCAAAAAUACUUUGUAAUCUUCUUUAUUAAUUUGUCAUACUGUGAAGAUAUCAUAUUGUUCAA